GAGGAGAAGCUUUUGGCCCCUGCGUGGACUCGAGUGGGCAGUGGUGGUUCUUUCUCUGCGGGUUGCUGCGGGGCGUUACCUGCCAACAUGACGGACCAGCAGGCAGAAGCCCGGUCCUUCCUCACUGAGGAAAUGAUUGCGGAGUUCAAAGCCGCCUUCGACAUGUUUGACGCGGACGGCGGCGGAGACAUCAGCACCAAGGAGUUGGGCACCGUCAUGCGGAUGCUGGGCCAGACGCCCACCAAGGAGGAGCUGGACGCCAUCAUAGAGGAGGUGGACGAGGAUGGCAGCGGCACCAUCGACUUCGAAGAGUUCUUGGUCAUGAUGGUGCGCCAGAUGAAAGAGGACGCCAAAGGGAAGUCUGAGGAAGAACUGGCCGAAUGCUUCCGCAUCUUCGACAGGAACGCAGAUGGCUACCUGGAUGCCGAGGAGCUGAUCGAGAUUUUCAAGGCGUCUGGUGAGAGCGUCACUGAUGAGGAAAUUGACUCGCUCAUGAAAGACGGAGACAAAAACAACGACGGCCGGAUUGACUUUGACGAGUUCCUGAAGAUGAUGGAGGGUGUGCAAUAAAGCACCUGAACAUUCCUGCAAGGGUAGUGGCUAGGCCGGG